AUGCUGAGGACUCUGCAAAUGAAAUUUUAGCUUUUUGUUUAGAAGUCAUCUCUCCAACUCGGCCAGCAUGUCGUUCCGUGGCCGUGGAGGAGGUGGUGGUGGCGGCCGAGGAGGCUUCCGAGGAGGUCGUGGAGGCUUCAGCCGUGGAAGAGGCCGAGGUGGCGGAUCAUUCAACCAGUAUGAUCAAGGCCCACCGGAGGAGGUUGUCGAGCUGGGAACAAUGAUGCAUCCCUGUGAGGGUGAACUGGUUUGCAAAUGUACAAACGAGAAGGUACCCUACUUCAACGCGCCCGUCUUUCUGGAAAACAAAUCGCAAAUCGGAAAGGUGGACGAGAUCUUCGGACCGAUGAACGACUUUUAUUUUUCUGUCAAAUUGUCUCCCAACAUGGGUGCAGACUCCUUCAAUAAAUUGCAGAAGUUCUUCUGCGAUCCUGGUCGCCUGUUGCCCAUGGCUCGCUUCUUGUCCGGUAAUCAACGAGGUGGUCGCGGUGGUAGAGGUGGUGGCCGUGGCGGUCCUCGCGGUGGUGGCCGUGGUUUUGGAGGUCGCGGCGGCGGAUUUGGUGGUGGCCGUGGAGGUGGAUUCGGCGGUGGCCGUGGCGGCGGAUUCGGUGGUGGCCGUGGAGGUGGAUUCGGCGGUGGUCGCGGUGGCGGCGGACGUGGAGGAUUCUCACCCCGUGGAGGCGGUGGCCGUGGCUUCUCACCUCGCGGUGGACGUGGUGGCUUCUCUCGGUAGCAAUAGUAUCCGCGGUGGCUUCUCUCGGUAGCAAUAGUAUCCAGCCACCACCAGUAGUUCACUGUGUGCCCCAUCGAAUUCUGCUUUGAAUCCCUUGAUUUUAUAAUGGGUGAUCGAUCACUUCAACACACUGUCUCUUGGAUGUUUAUGAAAGAAA